AUGCUAAGAGCAACUUCGCGCCUAACAAACAUCAUGGCAGCCGAUCAGCAGAAGCGUAACAUUGUCAUCAUCGGUGGCGGCAUCAUUGGCUCAACUACAGCAUACUUCCUGUCGCACCACCCAAACUUCAACAAAGAAAGAGACAGCAUCACACUUUUAGAAGCUACUAAGAUUGCUGGCGGUGCCUCAGGGAAGGCCGGUGGUCUUCUAGCAUUAUGGGCUUACCCCAACUGCAUCGUACCGUUAAGUUACAAACUUCAUCAGGAGUUAACCGAGAAGCAUGGCGGCGCUGAGCGUUGGGGAUACCGAGCCGUGCACUGUGGUCAGGUCGAUACGUACGGUGUUCUAGCCAAGAACAAGGGUGGCAAAGACGGUGCGAACGGCAAGAGCAAAGAUGACUCGGUCAGUCUACAAAAGCGCACGCAGAGAGCAAUUGGAUUACUACGCGCUGCCGGUGUACCGAAAGACCUCGAUUAA